AUGGCUUACAACAUCGGGGUCCUGCUGGCCCUGGCAAGCGCCACGGUCACGCAGGGCUGUAGUGAGUGUCAGUCCUCCUGCAGCGGCACCGCAGAGAGGCCGGUGACACUGCUGGGGGACGAGUGGAUGACAGACAGGGCUCCUGAUGAGCUGCCCUCAGUGGCAGAGGGGUGCCAGGCUACAGUCGCCCACGACCACCUGGUCCAGAAGCUGCUGCAGCGCAUGGAGAAAUCUGUCAAGUUUGACAAGCCACCAAACCCCAGCAUCCUUCUGGCCAUGAACCUGGCUGGAGCCACCCACAACCAUGUCCACAACUGGCUGCUCCAGGAGAUAAAGAAGGAUGCAGUGGAGAGAGCCCAGACAGACAUGACCUCGGGACAAGUGGCUCUGUACAUCCUCGCUCUCCUCUCCUCCUGCCAGGACCCCCGGUGCGUCCACGCCAUGGGGAAGACCAUCAACCUGAUCCCCAUCCUAAAGCAGAAAAUGAAUGAGGAGAUAAGCAAAAAAGGUAUACAGGGGUGUGAGGGAAGGACUGGGGAGACUGGGGGCCUGGACAUCCUGGCCCUAUGCCUGGUGAAGGCGUAUGAUAACCAAGAUGGUGUCGAGGCUGUGGCCAAAGAGUUGCUGAACCAUAAGAGCUCCCCUGAUGUGGACACCCGGGCCAUGGCGGUACUGGCACUGGUGUGCGCCUACAAGCACACAGACAAGCAGGAGCUGAUCCAUGACGCAGUAAAGGUGGUGACCGACGAUUUUCUAGAUGAGCAAGAAAGGCGGGGUGGCAUCAUCGGGAAUAUCGACAGCAUGGGCCUGGCCCUGCAGGCUCUGGAGACCUCGAGUGAGUUUUACGCCCCUCGGAAGUGGGACCGUGCCCAGGCCUUCCGUGUGGUGUACAGCCACGAGUACGAACAGCCCAUGGCCAUAGCCCAGGUGCUGCCUCCCAUCGUGGGCAAGUCGUACCUGAACGCAGGUAGGUGGGGCUGCACUGCCACCAAAGGAAGGUCACCAAGCCAACAGCUGCCCCUGUCUCCGGUGCUGGGGACAUGCCAUGUAUCCACCCUGCCCCUCUCCCCACCCACAGCUGCCAUCACAGUGCAGUUCUCCAUCACCAACACGCUGAAGAAUUACUUCCACUACUCCAUCUCAGUGUGUGUCCCAGAUAACUCCACGCUGCUCCAGGUGAUGCAGACAGCAAGGAAUGAGAAACGCGAUAUCUUUUGCUUCAAGACGAAGCACACAUCCUGGGGUCCCUUUGUGACCUCCAUCCACGGGCUGGCUGGCAACGAAACUGAAAGGACCUACUGGCAGUUCUUCAGCUGCUGGAGUCCCCUCCAGGAAGGGGUUGGCACCUACAAGCCGAAAAACUGGGAGCACAUCCAGGCCAUCUUCAGCACCUACUGA